AUGCAGAUGGUGAGAGCAGUGGAGAGUUACCACCCAUCGCUGGUUCACACCCUUGUUUAUCAACCAUUUGCACUUAUUACUAUGGUAACACUAGCAUACCAUGAAACAAAGGUGGACACCAGGAAGAGGAACUUAAUUGAAUAUGCUCUCUUCUUCCUUGGGACCUUGAUGCUAAUAGUGGUGGAUUUAGCUAUGUCUGGGAGCGGAGCGAUUGCACCUUAUAUUGGUAUAUGUGCAUGUGUUGGUGCAUUUGGGGUUGCAGAUGCCCAUGUUCAAGGUGGAAUGGUCGGAGACCUGUCUUUUAUGUGCCCUGAAUUCAUCCAGAUUGGUCUUCUUCUCAAAGCCCUUUGCUGGCUUGGCUGCAUCAGGUGCUCUUACCUCUGGCAUGAGGCUGAUGACAAAAGCUGCCUUCGAGAAGUAUCACAAUGGUCUUUUGUCAAAGCAGAAAAUGUGGAUUUGAGUGAUGUUCCUAGCAAUUUCCACACUCAUAUAGAGUUUCCGUGUAUUCUUCGAUAUGCGAUUUACUCCCCUAGAUUGCCUAUAGUAAAUUACUACCGCUCAAAUGCAGCCUCUGAAGGCUCUAACACUGUAUCUGUUGAUCUUGCUGCUGCUGGCAUCCAAACACGAGCAGACGUAGAAGUAUCCACUUGUUCUGGUGGCAAUGUACAAUGUGUUGGAUUUGAUAUCAAGAUACAUACCCCUUGUGAAAUGCCUGAAGAUCGAGUCCAGAAGGGGCCUCAUGAUUGCAAUUCUAUCACGUUUCCUGUUCGUUCCAGCAUGCUACUUCACCGGAAAAUAUGGCGACCAGGGAUGGAUGAUCUUGCUCACAUCAGUCUUAGGAUUAACAAAUGGUUAUCUCACUGUAUGUGUCAUGACAGUGGCACUGGCACCCUAGGGUUACAAGGGACCUGA